AUGAUCCGCCCAAAGACGAUUGUUAGUAUUUUUAUUCUUUUUACCAUGUCGAUUGUCUUCACAGUCGAUAGUCUUGCUGUGAUGUCAGUCGAUCUUGGUACGGAAUUUAUGAAGAUUGCGAUUGUGAAACCUGGAAUACCGAUGGAGAUUGCUUUAAAUAAGGAAAGUCGGCGAAAAACACCCGUGAUUGUUGCUAUCAAAGGCAAAGAUCGAGAAUUUGGUGAAGCGGCUAUCUCUCGAUCAAGUAAAAUUCCAGCGCAAUCGUACAUGUACUUACGGGAAUUAGUUGGCAAAUCAUUAAAUAAUCCAGUUAUUGAACAAUAUUUACAACGUUUUCCAUACUAUAAAUUAAAAACAGACGCACAUACAAGUGAACUCGUUUUCGAACACGAUAGUGAAACGAACUAUACUAUCGAAGAACUUCUUGCGAUGAUAUUGAAAAAAGCUCGUGAAUACGCAUCAGAUUUUGCUGAACAAUCGGUUGAUUCUGCUGUUAUCACUAUUCCACCAUACUUUACUCAAGCUGAACGACGGGCUGUGAAACGUGCAUGCGAAUUAGCUAAUAUCAAACUACUCCAAUUAAUGAACGAUAACACCGCUGUUGCACUUAAUUAUGGCAUCUUUCGUCGUAAAGAUUUCAAUGCAACUGGCUCAACUUAUUUGUUUUAUGACAUGGGAUCACAGUCAACAAUAUGCACAAUUGCGACGUUUCAUAUUGUUAAAAUCAAAGAAAAUGGUUACCUUGAAGAAGUACCACAAUUAACAAUAAAAUCGAUCGCAUUCGAUCGGGAUCUAGGUGGUUUAGAAUUUCAAAUACGUUUACGUGAUUAUUUAGCUAAGAAAUUUCAAGAGCAGCACCCCAACAUCGAUCUGUCGAAGAAUGCGAAAGCUUUAACCAAAUUAUUCCGUGAAGCUGAACGUGCUAAAUAUGUUCUAAGUGCCAACAACGAAUACACAGCACAGGUCGAAGGUUUAGUGGAUGAAAUCGAUUUGAAACAACGAAUUACACGUGAGCAAUUCGAAGAUUUAUGCAAAGAUCUCUUUCAACGAGUUCGACGACCUAUUGAAGAGGCUCUCAAUGCCAGUGAAAUAACACUGAGUGAAAUUCAACAAGUACUUUUGUUCGGUGGUGCAACGCGCAUUCCUCGUGUUCAAGAUGAAUUAGCUAAAUCACUCGGCGGAAUUGACCUUGGCAAAAGUUUGAAUACCGAUGAGGCGGCUGCGAUGGGCGCAGUGUAUCAAGCUGCUGCCCUUUCCAAAGGUUACCGUGUGAAGAAAUUUCUCAUCAAAGAUGCCAAUCAAUAUCCUAUUAACGUUCAAUUCGAACGACAUACCGAUAGCAGUUCAUCGGAAAGUUCAGAACAGAAGCUGGUUGAUCGGACAUUAUUCAAUCGAAAUAAUCUUUAUCCAAAUCGAAAGGUGAUGACAUUCAAUCGACAUACGGAUGAUUUCUCAUUCGAUGUUCACUAUGGUGACGUUUCACAUCUUUCUACUACUGACAAACGAGCACUCGGUCAAACAGAAUUACUUCAUGUCAGUGUAACUGGUGCUCGUGCAGCUUAUGAAAAACAUAAAGAUACAGCUGAAUCGAAAGGCAUUAAGGCCCAUUUCCAACUCGAUGAAAACUGUCUUCUCAGUUUGGAUCGAAUAGAAUUUACCUUCGAACGAAAAGAAACCGAAGCAGAUCGAAAUACUACUGAGGAAGAUGCAUCAACGCUGUCAAAAUUAGGCAGCAAGAUCUCCAGUUUCUUCUCAGCACGUAGUGGAUCAUCGGAAGAUGGGAAUAACAAUUCAACCAACACGACUACUGAAGAAGCUCCCAUCGGAAAUAAUACCGAAACAAAUGCCACUGAACAAGAAACUAAACCAGUCGAUGAGAAAGAAGCUACAAAUUCAACCGAAAAUGCGAAUACAACAACGACAACUGAAACGACAACCACAACUACAACCAAACCACCACCAAAGAUGAUCACCAUCCGAGAAGCAUUGGAGUUUCAAGUUGAAUCACGUGAUUACGCUGAUCCAACACCAGAAGCUCAAGCCAACUCGCAAAAGAAAUUAAUUGCUUUGGACGAACACGAUCGACAGGCUUUAGCAUUAGCCACUGCGAAAAACAAUCUCGAAUCGUUUAUUUACGACAUGCGUGAUAAACUUGAACAUGAUGUCCAUUACAAAAAAGCACUCACUACUGACGAUCACACACAAAUCAGCGACAAGUUAACUGAAGUUGAUGCAUGGUUAUGGGACGAUGGUAUCACGGCUGAUGUUAAAACAUUGAAAUCAAAAUUAGAUGAACUAAAAGCAUUAACAAAAGGAUUGAAAUUGCGUGUGCGCGAAGUUGAUCUACGCCCACAGAAACUCAAAGAACUCAAAGAUGCACUAAAUGCUACUGAACAUUUCGUUCAAGCCACACGCAUUCUAUUUUUGAAAAAAGAAGACGAUGAAAAGCCAUUCACAGAUGCAGAGAUUGAUGCACUUCACAAAAUAGUCAAAGAAACUUACACAUGGCGCGAUGAAGUCGUCGAUGCAUUUGCAAAACUAUUACCAACCGAAACACCAAAGUAUUUAUCAACUGAUUUCGACGAUAAAAUCAAUUUACUCAAACGUGAAACCAAUUACUUACUCGGUAAAGCCCAACGAUUCGUACCAAAACCCAAAACUACAACAACAACACCGAAAAUUCCUGUUCAAAAUGACACAAAACCUGUUGAACAAGAAGAAACAUCAACUACAACACCAACUCCUGAGCCGUCCGAGACAGAAAGUGAAGAAACAACAACGACAACAGCUGAACCAACAAACGAGCAAGAACGUACUGAUUUGUAA